AAUCCAUGAUUCCAUGGUGAUAAACCAACCAAGAAAAAGGGAAAAUGGCGAUGGCCAGGAGCCCAAAAUUGCAUAUAGCCAUGUACCCAUGGUUUGCUUUUGGUCAUAUGAUUCCCUACCUCCAUCUCUCCAACGAGCUCGCUGAAAGAGGCCACAGCAUCACCUUCAUCUUGCCCAAAAAGGUUCAAUCUCAGCUACAGCACUUGAAUCUUCAUCCUACUCUCAUCUCUUUCCAUCCCCUCACCAUCCCCCAUGUUGAUGGCCUCCCUCCCGGCGCUGAAACUGCUUCCGAUGUGCCCAUCUCCUUGCAUCACCUUCUCGCCGCCGCCAUGGAUCGCACCACUGACCAAGUUGAAGCAGCCCUACGUGCCUUGAAGCCGGACUUUUUGUUCUAUGAUGCCGCCUAUUGGGCUCCCCCUUUGGCAUCCAAAUUAGGUAUGAAGUCAAUAUUCUACAGUGCAGUUUCUGCAGCAGCCUUUUCCUACUGCCUUGUCCGGGAUCAACAAAUUAGCAAAAGCCGGCCAAUUCCAACUGGGCCUCCUCCUGGUUACCCCUCCUCAACGGUGGUGCUCCGCCCCCAUGAAGCUCGUUUGCUUCAAUUCUUGUUAUUUCCAUUUGGGGAAGACAUCACCUUCCACGAGCGCCUCACCGCCGCCAUCAAACACUCUGAUGUAGUCUCUAUAAGAACAUGCCAAGAAAUCGAAGGACCAUUUUGUGACUACAUAGAAAGACGGUUUGGAAAACCAGUGUUUGUAACGGGCCCCGUUUUGGUUGAACCUUCACCGUUGGCACCGGAGCACCGGUGGGCUCAGUGGCUAAGUGGGUUCAAGCCUGGUUCAGUAAUCUUCUGUGCAUUUGGGAGCCAAAAUUUCCCCGGAAAGGACCAGUUCCAAGAAUUACUCCUGGGGUUUGAGCUAACAGGCCUGCCGUUCCUAGCAGCUCUAAAACCACCAUUAGGAGCUGCAACCAUUGAAGAGGCCUUGCCGGAGGGGUUCCAAGAGAGGGUUGGAGGGAGAGGAGUGGUUCAUGGAGGGUGGGUGCCGCAGCCCUCAAUCCUGAGCCAUCCAUCAGUGGGGUGUUUUGUGAGCCACUGUGGCUUUGGAUCAAUGUGGGAGUCCUUGAUGAGUGACCCCCAGAUAGUGCUGGUACCAGAGCUUUUUGACCAAACCUUCAACGCUAGGCUAUUGGCUGAAGAGCUUAAGGUUGCAGUGGAGGUUGAGAAGGAAGAAAAUGGGUGGGUUUCAAAGGAGAGUUUGUGCAAAGCAAUUAAGUCAGUAAUGGAUGAAGAGGGAGAGGUGGGUUGUUUGGUGAAGAAGAAUCAUGCAAAGUGGAAAGAGACCCUGAUGAGCCAAGGCUUUAUGAGCAAUUACAUUGAUAAUUUUGUUCGCCAACUUUUAGAUCUGAAGUGAUUUCUAGAUAUGGAAAUUGCAGUGUUUAUUGAAAAAUGUUUUAGCAUCUUUAUUGUGCA